CUCAGUUUAAACUCCUCCCCUGAACUUCGGCUUCAGGCUGCUCAAAGAGCAGAGACAGGAAACCAGAACUUGCCAGUCUUGUUUUGUUACAGCUUUGAAAAAUAACUUGAAUCUUUAUGUUAGGAACAACAACAACAAAUAAGAGGAUAUACGCAGGAGAUGGCACUGUGGAGCCACAAGGAAGUUUAUGAUAAGAGCUUGGACAAAUUGGAGAGAAUUGGCUCUGGGGGAUUCGGUGAUGUCUACAAGGCCAGGCACAAGGAGUGGAAGUUUGAUGUAGCCAUUAAGAUACUACAUGAAGGUUCUUGCCCCCUCAUCACUAAAGAAAAUGACCUGUUUAAAGAGGCUAAUCACAUGGAAGUGGUUUCCUGUAAAUUUGUGGUGAAGGUUCUUGGAAUUUAUCAGGGACGUCCGCAGGUUGGUGUUGAACAAACACCAAUGCAAAAGGGGAUAGUGAUGGAGUUCAUGGAAAGAGGAUCUCUUCAGUCCCUGCUGAAUAAGCCCCUGAUUAGCCCUCUACCAUGGCCCCUGCCCCUUCGUUUGGCCCAUGAAGUGGCUCUUGGCAUGAAUUUCCUCCAUUCAAAGGACCUUUUGCACAAAGACCUCAAGCCAAGUAAUGUACUCCUGGAUGAAAACCUUAAUGCUAAGCUAGCAGACUUUGGUCUGUGCAGGGUUUCCACAAGUGCUUUGAAGAGCAACCGAGAAGCAACUGGAGUGUCAGGAGGCUCGUACAAGUACAUGCCUCCUGAGGCUUUUACGACAUCAUAUGAACCUGUUCGAGCUUUUGACAGAUACAGCUACGGUAUCCUGCUCUGGACACUUAUUACUGGUAAAGAGCCCUAUGGGACAGAGGAUGAUUACCAACUUGUGGCAUUCAGGAUCCCUUUGGGGGACAGACCUCUCUGUGAUGACAUUGACCUGAUGAAGCCUGGCAGGGUGGAAAAGAUGGUUGAACUCAUGAAGCAGUGCUGGGAUCACUGUCCCUCCAAGAGGCCAAAGUUCUGUGACAUUGCUGAAGACCUUACGAAAGAGUUCUCAAAGCACAAAGAGGGAAUUCACAGUGCUGUUCAGCAAGUCUUGACAAGAUUGGACUCACCAAACAGGUAUCAACCUCCAGAAACAAAUGAUGUACACCCUCCAUUCAAGAAACCAGAAGAGUCAGUGUCUGUAGAUAUUGUGGAUGGUGGACAUUUAAUAAAUACUGAAGCCCCUUCAAAACAGAAUCCUCAGAAGAAUUUUUGCCAACAGGAUUCCGUCAAAGUUCCUACUAAGAGAAUGAGUGAUGCAAAUAAAGCAAAGUUUGUUGAUGACCAAAUGGCAGACCUAAUUCAAACGGUUUCUGUGGUAAUGGCAAUCGUAGAGGAGCUCGGAAACAUGGUCCACUCUGAAACCUACUCAGAGAUUGAAUCUAAAUCGACGUCCCAGGGUAAAAUGAGGGAGCUUUAUAAGAUGGUGCUUCGAUCAGGAGGGGAGAAAGUCAAAGCAGCCUUCUACGACGCCCUACAAAAACAUCAUUUUCUUUAGUGUAGAGCCUCGGUAGGAUUUAAAAUACAACAUGAUGUCUCCUACACGUUCAUCUUGCAUGAAAAAUCUGUCCAUUUUAUUAUUGUUUGUAUAUGUAAUUAGUUGACAUUUUAUUACACUGUACUUGCAGAAAGAAAGAAAAUUCAGUGUCCUUAUGUUUUCUCUUCUCACAAGUUAUAGCUUAAUUAUCAGUGACAAACGUGUUUCCUCCAGUGAGGGAGAGAGCGAGGGGAGGGGGGGGACUGGGUAAGAGGCUUUUCUGGUUCAAUCCCUCAGUAACUGUCACAAGCAGUCAGUCAGUCACCUGCAGAUGAUGGUGUCGAGGGCAUCGCAGGCAACAAAUUACUCUCCUGUCUCAGUUUAAUGUACAGGUUUGUUGUUGAUUACGUUGAUUACACACUAAUAAUGAUCCAGACAAUGAUCCGAUGAAGACAGGAAAUAAAUAAAUAAUAAAAACCUUUUUAAAGACA